UACUUACAUACCGGAUGCGAAAUGGCUUCGACACGAGCCAACACCAUACCUUGCAGUGUCUAUGGGUGUAGGAACAACAAAAAGAAUAAAAAAUUAUCGUUUUUCUCUCUUCCGACAGACGAGGAACAGCGCAACAGAUGGUUAGAAAUCAUUGAUAGAACUGAUCUAUUAGAAAAAGAAGAUUUGAAACCAAGAAAUUAUGUCGUUUGUUCAGCUCAUUUUGAAAAAGACAUGAUUAUACAGACACCUCGUCUAAAGCCAGAAGCAUUGCCUACUAAGUAUAUUCCCGAAGUGUCUAAUAGUUCUACAAGUACUACUGAGACAACCAGAGACGUAUCAACACAAACGAAUUGGGAAGUCAACAUAACAUGUAUUAAAGAAAAUGUAACAUCUAAAUCCGUAGAAACUCAAACCGAUGAAGAAAGAAAUGGUAAAGUGCAAACAUCUCUAGGUCUUUCUACUGGCAUCCUAAGGAAAAGGAAACUUCGGACAGGACUACAGGACCCUGAAGAAAAUAGAAGGAAACUAGAAAUAGUUAAGAAGAAAAUAAUGAGACUACAGAAAAUUGAAAAAGAACUUGAAGGUGACACCAGUCACUCACGCUCCGGGUGGGAAAUUGUAGAUAUGUGACCUCAAAACGAAUGU